GGGGGGGACAUCUGUGGCAGAGGAGAGGGAAAGGUUUUCAGAAGAAGCCUUUGAUAGACUGUUUGCGUUGGCUGGGUUCCCUUCUUUUAUUUACUGAAUUCCAGAGGUGACCAAUACACAAAAGAGCUGAAAAUGAAAUUCAUCAUUGGCAUUGGAGGAGUGACCAACGGUGGGAAGACCACUUUGACAAACCGACUACUAAAGACAUUACCUAACUGUUGUGUUGUGCAUCAGGAUGAUUUUUUCAAGAAACCCGAUCAAAUAGAAGUCGGGGAGGACGGCUUUAGACAGUGGGAUGUGAUCACCGCCCUGGACAUGGAGGCUAUGAUCAGCACUGUGAAAGGCUGGCGGGAGAACCCAGUCAAGUUUGCCCGCUCGCACGGCGUCAGCCUGUCACCUGAAGCCGAGGAAUCCGACUCAGAGAAGGGGAUCCAUAUUCUCAUCGUUGAGGGGUUCCUCAUCUACAACUACAAGCCUCUCAUCGAUGUCUAUGACAAAUGUUUCUACAUUUCCAUUCCUUAUGAGGAGUGCAAAAGGAGAAGAAGUACAAGGACAUACACUGUCCCUGACCCCCCUGGCCUGUUUGAUGGCCACGUCUGGCCCAUGUACUUGAAACACAGGAAAGAGAUGGAGAACAACUGCGACAGAAUAGAGUAUCUUGACGGGAUGACAUCAAAGGAAGAGAUUUACAACAAAGUGUAUGAAAGCGUGCAGAACUCUCUGCUGAACAGCUUAUAGCAGGACGGGGACAACAGCGGAUUUGUGUAUAGACUUGUAAAUAUAAUUUUGAGUAAAUGUGUAACACCAGCUCUGUACUUCUAGCCUGAUUUGUAAAUAGUCAAUCAUGUAACUUAUUAAGAACUAAUGGCAGAAGCAUUUUGUAUAAUCCUGUGUAACUUUUUCUAAAAGACAAACCACCUCUGGACUACCCAGUGUUUAACAUCAGAUACAGAUCUAAGCUCUGAUCUUGCCGUACUGUACAUCAAAGUAAAAUGCCUGCUGGGAGGAAGGAUUUGUGUUUCGGAAUUUAAAGAAAUGACUGAAUCCA